AUGAGUCAUUCAGGAGAUCGUUUCACAAAUAUCGAACUGGUAAAUAAACGGUUACCAGCAUGUUUCGGUUAUCUUACUUGUGAAUUAUUAUCUCUUGAAGAAGCGACGAAUGAAUUACAAAAUUUUCUGAAAGAUAUAAAUCGUUUUGUUAGAUUAGCUAAAAGACAUUGUACACAUCCAAAUGAUCAUAAUUUAACAAAAGAUGAAUCUGCUGCCAUUUAUAUUUAUACGAUGGAACUUUCUGGUGGUUCAUGUAUUUAUCGUGUUUUAAAUCAAACACUUCGUCUAGAAGAUCGAUCAAAAGUUCGUCCUUGGUUUGGAUAUUUAAAACUUUUAGCUUCUGCAACAUCAAAAUUACCUAUAUUCAAAGGAAUUGUUUAUCGUGGACUUGAUAAAGAUGUUACUAUGAAUUUUAAAAAGGGUCAAAAAAUUACUUGGUGGGGCAUAAGUUCAUGUUCAACAUCUGUUGAUGUUAUUUCUUCAUUUAUUAGUAAAUCUUCUUCAAGUACAUUAUUUCGUAUCGAUUGUUUAAAUGGAAAAUCAGUUGCAUCUUAUACAUGUUAUCCACAUGAAAAUGAAGUUAUUUUGAUGCCUGGGACAAAACUUGAAGUUGUAUCUAAUCCAUUAAGUCAUCAUGGUGGAUUAAAUAUUAUUCAUUUAAAAGAAAUUAAUGAUGAUGAUGAUGUAGAAGAAGAAUCGCCCAAACCACUAAAUCCAAAUUCUUCUCAAUCAAGUCAUUCUACAAUUAGUACAGCAACUAUAUCAAAGAAUCCAAUAACAGCAGCUCAAAUAUCAACUCAAUCUCAAAUAAAACAAAACCAAAUUCAAACAAAAAAGAAUAAAUAUCAACAAUAUGGAAUUACUGUUGCUGGAGGAAAUGGACAAGGAGAAAAUUCAAAUCAACUCAGUUAUCCUCAAGAGAUCUGUAUUGAUAAUGAUAAGUCAAUUUAUAUUGUUGAUCGCUUCAAUCAUCGUAUUGUUAGAUGGAAAUUGAAUUCAAAUACUGGUCAAAUCAUUGCAGGUGGAAAUGGCAAAGGAAAUCAAAAUAAUCAAUUGAAUUAUCCAACACAUAUAUUCAUUGAUAAAAAAAAUAAUUCUUUUAUUAUUUCUGAUAAAGACAACAAACGAGUAAUUCAAUAUUCUGGUAAAAAUCAACAAAUUCUUAUUUCAAAUAUUAGUUGUUGGGGUCUGACAAUCGAUAAAAAUGGCUUUAUUUAUGUUUCUGAUUCUCAGAAUAAUGAAGUAAGACGAUAUAAACAAGGAGAUACAAAAGGUGAAUUAAUUGCUGGUGGAAAUGGUAAAGGAAAUCAGCUUAACCAACUCAAUAGUCCUAAUUAUAUCUUUAUUGAUGGAGAUUAUUCUCUUUAUAUAUCAGAUUGGGGAAAUAAUCGCGUAAUGAAAUGGAAAAAAGAUGCAAAAGAAGGAAUUAUUGUUGCUGGUGGGAAUGGGAAAGGAAAUAGUCUCAAUCAAUUGGGUGGUCCUCAUGGAGUGAUUGUUGAUCAUCUAGGUCAAAUCUAUGUAGCAGAUUAUGGGAAUCAUCGAAUAAUGCGUUGGUGUGAAGGAGAUGAAGAAGGUGAAGUUGUUGUUGGUGGAACUGGUGAAGGAAAUCAAUCAACUCAAUUGAAUUGUCCCACAGGUUUAUCAUUUGAUCAUGAAGAGAAUCUUUAUGUUGUUGAUUGUUUCAAUCAUCGAAUCCAAAAAUAUGAAAAAAUUUGA